CGCCUCAUGUCCACGCAGCCGUCGGCCGCAGGCAAGUUCUGGAAGAUCACGCUGCAGCGGUCGCCGAUCGGCCUGCCUCCGCGCACACGCCAGAACGCCGAGGCUCUGGGCCUCAGGCGCCGCGGCAACAUCGUGUACCGGCCUAUCACCAACGAGCUGGCUGGCGUGGUGCUGAAGCUGAAGGAGAUUGUCAAGCUUGAGAUCGUUGACAGCGUC